CGGCAGUCUCCCUCUUUUUACGGCAGUAGUCUGUAGAUAAACAUUGUGUCGUGGGUGCUGCGUAGAAAAUUCGGGCUGUAAACGCGUGCAAAAAUAUGGGCAUAGCAGACGAAGCAGACCGGACUCUAUUUGUGGGCAACUUGGACUCUCAAGUCACAGAAGAGCUUUUGUUUGAACUGUUUUUACAGGCUGGGCCUUUGAUCAAAGUAAAAAUCCCGAAGGACAACGACGGGAAUUCGAAACAGUUCGCCUUUGUGAACUUUAAACAUGACGUUUCUGUCCCUUAUAGCAUGCACCUGCUUAGCGGCAUCCGACUUUAUGGAAGGCAGCUUAACUUGCAGUACAGAGCAGGCAGCAGUCAUAUUAAUCAGGAAGGAAAAAGCCCUGCGAACUCUCAGAACCCCAGUCCAGCUAACACACCCACUCACCGUAGUGCUAGGUAUGACAGGACUCCUGAUCAGAUGAGCUCUCCAUCGUACUCUCCUCCUCAGAGCUUUCAGAGGUCUUUCUCUUCACCAGACAGUCUUCAGAAGCAAGUGAUGAUGAACAACAUGUGGCAGAUGCAGCAGUUGGCCGGUUCGUUUCAGCUCGGCAUGCAGCAGCAGCAACAGUUCAGAGGUGGCUCCAGUAGCCCCUGGCAAAAAGACAGCCCCGCCCAAUGGAGCCAGCGCCCCGCCCACCAGCAAGACGGUGGUAGCCACUAUGGCCGAGAGCAGCGGCACGGGAGCAGCGAGCGGCACCGGAGAGACGGCCAGAGAAGCGACUUCUACCAGCACGACGACCGCGGAGGAGCCCGAAAUCGAGAUUAUCCACCUGACAGGCGCAGAGAGUCAAAAGACGGACGCUGGAGGCGAUACUGAUGCUGAUCCAUCGAGGAGACUUCACUUCUUAUUGAUCAGACAGAUUCAUUCAAGCAUUUGCCACAUGAUCAUGGAGCUCUCCAUUCAGGUCACAUGGUACUGGUGAAUUGUGUGUGAGAGUGUGUGAGAGUGUGUGAGAGUGUGUGAGAGUGUGUGAGAGUGUGUGAGAGUGUGUGAGAGUGUGUGAGAGUGUGUGAGAGUGUGUGAGAGUGGCUUUAGUAAAUUAAAGCUACAACACAAAUAUACUUUACCAGCAGGGGAUGUACUUUUAGAGUGAGUGUAUGAGAAAUGGACUGAUUUCUCUCAGGAUUUUUUAAAUGAUCACUUGUAGAAUUCUCUGGUGCUUUUAAAAUUUUUAUUUUAUUAUUAUUUUUUUUUUUAAUGUUUCUGUUCAAAAAAUAUUCUAACUUGUAUACAGGCUAUAUAACGUGCUGUAACUUUCUCCACUGUAAAUACAGCUGCAUUUUUAAGAUAUGA